UUGCACCUGACAUUGACAUAUGACGUCAUGAUAUGUUUUAUCUCUCUUAUUAAUUUCGUGCAUCGUUUCGUAAAAUAAAUAAAGUUUACAAAUUUUUGUUCUAGAGUUCUCGUAUUAUAACAAUAUAUUUUGUACUCAGUGAAGUGUAUUAUCUUGCACCUUAAUUGAAAACAGAAAACAAUGGCAAAUAUCGCAGGGACAGGUGCAGUGGCUUCUGCGCCUGAAGAUCUUCCGCCGCCUUACUCAGCUGUCGUGGGUAACCCACAAUAUGGCUUCGUAGCGCCUGGAGGUGAACCAUAUACAGCCGCUGGCGGUGCUUACCCGCACCCACAGGCUCCUAAACAGUAUACAGCUCCGGGGGUUUACCCACAUCCUACAAUCACUGUGACGAACACUCAGCCACAAGCAGGGGACAUGGGACCACCGCAGCCGCCCGGGCCCGUGCCUGUGGGGAUAGUGCUCCCGCCUGCAGUGGGCACGGAGCCCACCACUAUAACUUGUUUCAACUGCGGCAAAGUGGUCACUACAAGAGUUACAUACACAACAGCUUGGCAUACCCAUCUAGUGGCUGGAUCCGUGUGUGUUAUUACCAUGAUCUGCUCUCUCUGCUGUCUUGGACUCGUCCCAUACUGCUUUGAUACAUUCAAAGAUGCUGAGCACUACUGCCCCAAUUGCAAUACUUUCAUUGGCAAAAGUAGCAAGUGUUAAGUAAUUGGGGAAGGCACUGUUGUCCUACUUUGAUGUGAAGAUUUUGGCUUCAUCAACAUAAACAAGAAAAUGCUAAAAAAGAUAAAAAAAAUUUGAAGCAAUUAUGGUGCCAUUAAGUUAUUUAGAGGCAUGCUCCUUAUAUUCAAUGGUCUUUGUUAUUUUAUCAAUGCUUGUGAAUUCUUAAGUGUUAUGACUAAUGUUAAAAAAAGAUUGUCCUAAUUCACAAUGGUUUUCAGCACAAUACUACUUCACCUGUUUAUCUGUUAAUUGAAUAAGUAAUGACAGCAAUUACUCACAGGGUCACGGUACACAAGUGUGGUUUGCAAUUCAGGUGAAGUUGUGCGUAAGAAGCAAUAAAUGUUUCCUCAACUGUCUUAUGAUUUGAUGUCAAAUUAAAAUGUAACAAGAAUCUGAAUGGGAAAUGUUUUAUGAUUCAGAUGUCUUUAAAAUGAUGCAACUAUAUGAAAUCGAAAUAAUUGUAUAGAAUACAUUAAAUUAAGGCCUCUCUAUCUCUCUAUCUCUUAUAAUAUAUGUUUUAUGGUAAAUUUUCUGGCAGUGAUAUUUAAAUACAUUAUUGUAAGGUACAAUGAGUAAGAAAGCGGCUGAUUAUUUCACAAUGUCAUUUAUCUGUAUUUUUCAUUCCAAAUAGUUUGUAUAAUCUCUUCCAUAUUUGUUUGUGACAUACAUAAAUAAUAUAAUUUUACUAUUUACAUGUAAAAUGCCAAUUGAAACGUAAAUAUUUGUGUUUGUUCCUAUCCAAUCGCUUCUAAAUUUAUUUUUAGGUAAUUCUAUUUAUAUUCAUGCGUUACUUACAUUUGAAAUCUCCAAUUUAGGUGUGCCUAACAUUUGCGUCCAAGUUUAGCCCACUGUAAACCAUGAAUAAGGCAAAAUUAUGUUGCAAAAAUUUUAUAAAUUAGGUUAAUCUUAUUAAUUUUAAUAUUGUUUUCCUAUGACAACCAAUGGAAUUAGAAAAUUAAAAUGAUUAUUUACUUAAUAAAAUUUUAGAUAAUAUAAACAGCUUUUGAGGCAUUCCAACAGUUUUAGGCUUUAACAAACAGUUAGUUUUCUGGAUGAGGUUUAUUUAUUUUUUUAUUAAAAAUAAUGGGAAUAAAAUUCUGCCAAGAACAGUGGACAAUAUGACUGAAAUUAGACUGAAUGUAAAACCACGAAAAUUGUAAUUAAUAAUAUGAUGUAACUAGUAAUUACAGUGGCAAAACGUAAUAAUUUCGUACUUUUUUAUUGGCCGUAUGUUAUCACCAAUUAGUUAUUUAAAACGAAAUUUAGAAUAUAAAUUAUCAAUUUUAAGGGGUAAUGUAAUACCUAUUGUAAAUGUUCUUCAUUCACUGUUAACAAAAUAUAAUAUAUAAGGUAUUUAUAUACUAUACAUAAA